UAGUCCAGGGCCAGCCAAUGGGAGCCAAGCGGAGGGUAUAUAAUGCUAGGUGUCUGAGCUGGACACUUGGGUCACCUGUUGUGCUGAAGUGAGCGAAGGCAGCACCAAAGCCCCCGGGAACAUUUGCAGGCUUUGAUUCUCCUUGUCAGGACUUGUCCCAUCCACCGCCAAAAUGCCUUUCGGAAACACCCACAACAAGUACAAGCUCAACUUCAAGACGGAAGAGGAGUUCCCUGACCUCUCCAAGCACAACAACCACAUGGCCAAGGUCCUCACCUUGGACAUGUACAAGAAGCUGAGAGACAAGGAGACCCCCAGCGGUUUCACCCUCGACGACGCCAUCCAGACCGGAGUGGACAACCCAGGUCAUCCUUUCAUCAUGACUGUCGGCUGCGUGGCCGGUGAUGAGGAAUCCUAUGAUGUCUUCAAGGAUUUCUUUGACCCCGUCAUCCAAGAUCGUCACAGUGGCUACAAACCGACCGACAAGCAUAAGACAGACCUGAACCAUGAGAAUUUGAAGGGUGGAGAUGACCUGGACCCCAACUACGUCUUCAGUAGCCGUGUGCGGACGGGGCGCAGCAUCAAGGGGUACACCUUGCCCCCCCACUGCAGCCGUGGGGAGCGCCGUGCCAUAGAGGCCCUCUCCAUCAAAGCUUUGAACAGCUUGUCCGGAGAGUUCAAGGGCAAAUACUAUCCCCUGAAGAGCAUGACCGAUGCGGAGCAGCAGCAGCUCAUCGAUGACCAUUUCCUCUUUGACAAGCCCGUCUCCCCACUUUUGCUCGCCUCCGGAAUGGCCCGCGACUGGCCCGACGCCAGGGGCAUCUGGCACAAUGACAACAAGACUUUCUUGGUCUGGGUGAAUGAGGAGGACCAUCUCCGUGUCAUCUCCAUGCAGAAGGGUGGCAACAUGAAGGAGGUUUUCAGGCGCUUCUGCGUCGGCCUUCAAAAGAUUGAGGAGAUCUUCAAGCAAGCCGGCCACCCUUUCAGCUGGAACGAGCAUUUGGGCUACGUCCUGACCUGCCCCUCCAACCUGGGCACCGGUCUCCGCGGAGGCGUCCAUGUCAAACUGGCCCACCUCAGCAAGCACGCCAAGUUUGAGGAGAUCCUGAAGCGCCUCCGCCUGCAGAAGCGUGGCACAGGCGGUGUGGACACCGAGGCCGUGGGUGCCGUUUUUGACAUCUCCAACGCUGACCGCCUGGGUUCCUCCGAGGUGGAGCAGGUCCAGCUGGUGGUUGAUGGCGUGAAGCUCAUGGUUGAGAUGGAGAAGAAGCUGGAGAAAGGCCAGGCCAUCGAUGACAUGAUCCCUGCUCAGAAGUGAGUGGCGCCACCCGCCACAUGGCCCACCCUGCGUGCGGAUCGGGGCUCGGACUCCGGGGGCUGCAUGUGACCCCAAGGCUCCCGGUAACACCCCUCGGAUCCCUCCUCUCUCUUGCCAAGGAGAGGGCGAGGGUCUCUGGAGGGCAGUGCCCCUUGGUCACCUCCAACACUCCCGUCCCCUGAGCCAUUCUGGAUGGAGUUAAUAAACUAAGGGUAGGCCACAAAGCCUUGCCUCCCUCUCACAGA